AUGAGAGGAAUCAUGAAGACCAGUCUUGGGGUUCUCAUAGUGGUCCUGAUAAUAAAUUCAGGUGGACAAGUGUUGGCGAAAAAGUCCAACAAAGAUAAAUUUGAUUUGUCGGCGAUAGAAAGCCGGAAAAUAGCAGUAAAAAGUGAUCAACUUUGGAAUCAAGGAAUUAUUCCCUACAUAGUCAAGAAAGCUCUUGCUUGGAAACCUAGCUGGUUUGUUUCACGCGCGAUUAAAUUCUGGGAGAGCAAAACUUGUGUUAAAUUUAUUAACUAUGAUCAAGAUCAACAUCCAAAUUAUAUGCUUUUUACUAAAACAGACAAUAGAAAGUUUGAAUAUGAAAUUGUUGUCCGUGAAGUAGGCCACGCUAUGGGUUUUGUUUUUGAAAACGAGCCGGAGUAUGAAGAACUCAAAAACAAAACAGAAAAUUCAGAUAUGGUUUACCAGUGUCCAAGUUGUGGAAAAACAAUGCAAGACCCAACUGGAACUUUUGGGACACUUGUUGACACAAAUAAUUCCGUGAUUGAAAAAAAAUGGUACUGA